AUUACAAGACAAUGGAUUUGAGUAAGAUGAGGAUAAAGUUGCAAUUGGGUGGCAGCAAGCUGGAUGGCAUUCCAGCAGGAACUUUAUUUUAUGAAUUGCCUGAAAAGCACCAUUUUCAUGUUUGCGCAAGACCCGCCCGAGCAUUCGAGCAAACUCUUGAGGAAUUGGAAGACAGAUUUGGGCACUUGGGACUUCCAAGUGGAGUCAGCAGAGAUUUAUCAGGAAGAAUUCGUCCUUUUACCUAUGUGCCUUUGAUGUUACCUGUGAGAGGUGAUCAUGACAAAGCACAUGUCCAAGAACUUCACGAGGCCUGCAAAGUGUUUCCAUAUGGUUACGUUGCUUCUCUUGGCGAAUUUCAGGACACUACGCAAUUUAAUACUUUGAAAUCUCAGUUUCCCAGCGGUUUAUAUCGGACGACUAUUGCACGCAUGCAUUCGGUUUAUGACGAUCAUGUCUAUGAUAUUUGCAACCCGAACAAGCUUUAUGAGGUCUUUUGGAAAAAGUUUCGGUAUUAUGGCCCGCACAACAACACCUUGGAUGUUCCUCAAGAAUUGUGGAAAGACGAACAUCCAAUGCUUAUUUGCGUUGACUUGCCAAGAAUCACAGUUGCCAUUUCUAAUGCAUACGUAGACAUUCCAGCAAUGGCCCGUCGCGCUUUGAUUUGUACUUAUGGUAAUAAUCCAAAUAUUCCUGCACUCCAAAUUCAUGAGCAGUGCUCUCAACUAGCUCAUUAUGAUGAAAAACAACAACGCUGCGUAUGCGAUAGCCCGAAGUUUGAAGCAAAAACAAGGGAUCCUCAAAUGUAUGACAGUUAUCCAGAGGGAAUAAUCUGUCUUGAAUGCUUCCAUCUUCCAAGGAUGCCAGCCAAAGGUGGAGCAAUUGUAUUUAUACUUAGCCAGUCUCAGAGUACCACAUAUGGCGACUGGUUUUUGCAGAAAGUUUUCAUGCAAAGAUUACUCAAAAUUUUACCAAAUGCAUUAGUUGCAAUAAUGGUCAACAAUGGAUGGUCACACGUGGAGAUUAGCAUGGAUUAUUAUGAAUUUAUAGAAGAUCAAAUCGACUCUUUUCUUGGUAGCAGAGAAUUUCAAAGGAAGUGGUCUGCUCUUGGACCGGCACUCUACAAAGCGCGCUUGCUGCUCCUGAAAGCUGCAUAUCCGUCAAAAUUCAUCGUUCUUUUCAAUGAUGGCAAUUACGACACAUGCCCAGCUCGUGAUAUAUGGUGCUCGCAGUUGGCAAGAACUCGAAUUCGAAGCCAUGAUGUCAAUGCAGAAGCAGAUGCGGUAUGGGCAGGAGGUAUAGAGAUCAUUUACAUUCUGUUCGGAACUCUGGUUGACACUUGCGACCCUUGCAAAAAACGAGUGCAGCAUGUUGCUGGUGGUUAUAACAAUGUGAUACGUGUCAGAAAACUCUUGGACAUCGACGCUACCAUAAUGGCAAAAGUCUCGAAGAAAAUCUGCAAUAAGUACCCAAGCACAAACAUAUUUCCAGGGCAAUAA